AUGGGCGGAAUGGGCCGUCCUUUCAUAAUUUUUGAUUGUUUGAUAAAUAAAGCAAUUGUGAUGGCUGAGGAUACGACUGCCGACGCGACAAGACGACUAAAUGUGAAGAAACAGACGUUGGACGAUGCUUACGCCGCGCCGGCUAACUUUCUGGAAAUCGACGUGGUGAACCCAGUAACUACGAUGGGUGUCGGGAAAAAACGCUACACUGAUUACGAAGUUCGUAUGAGGACCAAUCUCCCCGUGUUCAAAGUGAAAGAGUCGAGUGUGAGGCGGCGGUACAGUGAUUUCGAAUGGCUCCGAAAUGAACUUGAAAGGGACAGUAAGAUAGUAGUGCCACCUCUGCCAGGCAAAGCCUUAAAGAGACAGCUUCCUUUCCGUGGAGACGAUGGCAUUUUUGAGGAAGAAUUCAUUGAGGACCGUAGGAAAGGUUUGGAAGUAUUCAUAAACAAGAUAGCAGGCCACCCCCUGGCCCAAAACGAGAGGUGCCUUCAUAUGUUUCUGCAAGAGCCCACAAUCGACAAGAACUACGUGCCAGGCAAGAUACGGAACCCAUAAUAAACUGAGUUGAGCUACGAACAUUGAGACAAUUCUUCUUUCGUGAACCCAAGAGCCUAUGCACACACCGUACAAGCGCGUGAUUUGUAGAGAUAAUUUAGUUUUGUUUGUUAAUUUCAGUAAAUUUUUGAAAUGAAGCAACUAUAUGAAAUUCUAAGUGUAAACUCCAGUGGAGUAUAUAAACUUCUUGCUUGCAAUCAUUAACUUA